CCCAACCCAUUUUCAUUCUACCCAACGGUUCGGGUUGCAAGUUUUCCUUGUCUAAAAUUCCCAGCAAGUUUUCCUUGUCUAAAAUUCCGAAAGAUCCGAUACUUUAUCAAUCAAAUUCAAACACACCCAUGAAUCGAUUCUUCAAUAUCAUCACUAAAAAGGUUGGAGGAUUCAGAGGCUAUGCUGCUGGUGCAGAGAGUAAGAACAGCUUCAAUGUUCGAAGCUUAAAAAUCGAAGGGGUUACAGAUAUUAUUGCUGUUGCUUCUGGCAAAGGUGGUGUGGGAAAGUCAACUACUGCUGUCAACUUGGCUGUUUCACUGGCUAAUACGUGCCAGCUUCGUGUUGGAUUGCUCGAUGCUGAUGUAUAUGGACCGUCAAUUCCUACAAUGAUGAAACUACAUGGGAAGCCUGAAGUAAGUGAAGGAAACAAGAUGAUUCCGAUCGAAAACCAUGGAGUCAAGUGUAUAUCAAUGGGAUCGCUUGUCGAGAAAGAUGCUCCAAUUGUGUGGAGAGGCCCUAUGGUAAUGAAAGCUCUUGAACAAAUGACGAGAGGAGUUGAGUGGGGCCAGUUAGAUAUUCUUGUGGUGGAUAUGCCACCUGGCACCGGCGAUGCUCAGAUCUCUAUGUCACAGAGGUUGCAGUUAUCAGGAGCAUUGAUUGUAUCGACUCCUCAAGAUGUUGCGUUAAUGGAUGCUAGAAGAGGAGUCAAAAUGUUCUCCAAAGUCUCUGUUCCUAUAUUGGGACUGAUAGAGAACAUGAGCUACUUCAAAUGUCCACACUGCAGCAAACCUUCUUACAUAUUUGGAAAAGGCGGAGCACGUAAAACAGCCGACGAAAUGGGACUGGGAUUUGUCGGUGAAAUACCACUGGAGGAAGAGAUCAGAAGUGGGUCUGAUGAAGGUGUUCCUGUAGUCAUAUCUCAACCGGAUUCUGCUGUUUCAAAAGCAUAUUGUGAUGUAGCUCACAAAGUUAUUAAUAGACUCCAUGAAUUAGCAGCUGACCAACAUAUUAGACCCGUCAUAACCCUAUAAAGAAAAUCACCAUUUCUGUUGGAAUACAUGACGACUUGCCUCAAAAGAUUUAGCUUUUUGUCAUUCGAGAAGCUUAGUUUGUAGUGUUGUAUCGGUUUUGUAAUGCAUUUUUAAACUCCCUUUAAUUGGUUCAUUUAAAAUGUUGUGUCCCCAAAGGAUCCCCAUCUAA